AGGGGCUUUGGGAGGUGUUAGGGUGUGGGUGGAGCAUCAGCGGAAAGCGUUAGUCAAUGGCAGCACCAACGCCGAUUCAGAAAACAGAGGAGGAAUGGAAGGUCAUUCUCUCUCCGGAGCAGUUUCGGAUCCUUCGCCAGAAAGGAACUGAAUUGAAGGGUACGGGCGAAUAUAACAAGUUCUUUGAAGAAGGAGUUUACAGUUGCACUGGUUGUGGAACUCCUCUUUACAAGUCUUCUACCAAAUUUGAUUCUGGUUGUGGUUGGCCUGCUUUCUAUGAGGGUUUUCCGGGUGCUAUCAACCGAUCACCGGACCCAGAUGGGAGGAGGACUGAGAUAACUUGUGCAGCCUGUGGUGGACACUUGGGUCAUGUUUUCAAAGGAGAGGGAUUCAAAACCCCCACUGAUGAGCGCCAUUGUGUCAAUAGUGUUUCUGUCAAAUUUGUUCCUGGAAAUGCUACUACUUCAACAUGAAACCUUAUUUCAAUGGAGGUGUCUAGUGAAUUAUUAUUGUCGUGUUUCUAUUAUGGUUUUAAGACAGCUGCGGAUUAAGUUUGAAUGACUGAACAUAUAUUGUACUAAA